AUGAUGAUGUCAAUGUCAAUGUCAAUGUCAAUGUCACCGCAACAAACAACAGAAACAACAGAAACAACAACGAAAUACUUCAAUUUAUCGCCACCACCGCGUAAAAGAGGCGCGUUUUUAUUCACCAACACGUUCACGAAAGAAACGAGAGAGAUUAUGCAAAAUUAUGCGACCGCGGUGUGUCACGUGUGUUUAGUCGACAGAACAUCGUCCGAAUCCUGCGCUUUAACCAUCAACGAGAACUGCGACCCGUCGGUGAGGACGGAUUUGAUGCGCGCUUUUGAGGAGAUUGAGUUUAACGCCACGUGCAUGAAGAGGUCAAUAUCGGUUCCAGUUUUGAGUGGCGGAGUCGCGUUCGGGACGUGGCAAGGGGUGUAUAUUUGCCAAUUUAAAAGCGACGCGAACGAAGACGAGUCAAAAGUCGGCGUGAAAGUGACGGUGAAAGCGAGCGAGUUUGAGAAAACGAAAAGAGGUGAGUUUGUGGCGCCGAAAAGAGGGUGUCACGAUGCGACGGAGCGUAUUCAGAACUGCGUGGAUAUUACGGACGUGAAGGCGGGCUUGCUCAACGUGUUGAUUAAACACACGAGCGCUUCGUUGACGGUGAACGACGCGAGGAGAGCGGAGGAGUUGGAAAAAGGAUUGAACGAGUUAAUUCCGGAAUCUUGGAACGAUUCGUUUUUGGAACACACAAUGGAAGGUCCGGACGAUUGUCCCGCGCACAUCAAGGCGACGAUUUUAGGGGAGACGAUGAACGUACCAAUUCGAGACGGGAAAUUGGCGUUAUCGGAGAAUGAACAAAUUUUACUCUGCGAACAUCGAAACGUAGGAGGCUACGGCGGUGGGUUUAGACGUGAGUUCAUCGCGAGCGUGAACGAGGCAAAAGCGCAAGAGGUUUUGAAAUUUAAAAAAAAGACGACAAAGCAAUCGGUAGUAAACGUUUCCGAAGCGGUUCGUGAUUUCGUGACCAAGGCCGAGGAUGAAACGAUCGAGUUAGUGCACGUAUUUUCUCCGAAAGGCGGGGUGUUUCUGAGCACCGCGGAAGACGCCGAAGCGUUCGUCGAUCACGUGGAUAGUAAAGUGGGUUCAAAUGCAGCGUUGAAAUCUUCCGUUUUCGGCGCUUCGGAAAUGCUCGUCGUCGAGGAUGGCGACGGACAAAAAAUGUUCGCGGGAGAAGGCUGUUUGGAGUGUUUCGUCGUCAGCGGCGGCGACGAGGAGGAAGUCGUCGAGGUCGUUUUCACCGCCCUUUAA